AUGUGCGGCAUCUUCGGGUAUAUUAACUACCUUGUCGAGAAGGACCGCGCCUACAUUCUCCAAACCCUGCUCAAUGGCUUGUCGAGACUUGAAUACCGCGGCUAUGAUUCCGCGGGUCUCGCCAUCGAUGGAGACAAGAAGAAUGAAAUAAUGGCCUUUAAAGAAGUUGGCAAGGUAGCAAAGCUACGUGAAUUGAUCGCCAGUGCCAAUCCAGACCCGAAGAAGGUUUUUGAUUCUCAUGCUGGCAUUGCUCACACCCGAUGGGCCACACACGGAUCUCCAUCUCGCAUCAAUUGCCAUCCUCAUAGGUCUGAUCCGAACUGGGAGUUUUCCGUUGUCCAUAAUGGUAUCAUCACAAACUAUAAGGAGCUGAAAGCCCUUCUUGAAAGCAAGGGUUUCAGAUUUGAAACGGAUACAGAUACUGAGUGUAUCGCAAAACUCGCUAAAUACCUUUAUGAUCUUCAUCCAGAUAUCGACUUUACUGUUUUGGCUAAAGCUGUGAUUAAAGAACUUCAAGGGGCCUUCGGGUUGCUCAUGAAAUCCGUUCAUUAUCCCCAUGAAGUGAUUGCUGCUCGAAAGGGGUCGCCCUUGGUCAUUGGGGUCCGUACCUCUAAGAAAAUGAGGGUUGACUUUGUGGAUGUUGAGUUCUCGGAAGAGGGCGCUUUGCCUGCUGAAGCUGCUUCCCAGAAUCUUGCUAUUAAGAAGUCUGCUGCGACGUUACUAGCUCCACCAGAUAAAUCCCUCUUGCAUAGGUCGCAGUCUCGUGCAUUCCUGUCCGAUGAUGGUGUUCCUCAGCCCUCCGAAUUUUUCCUCUCUUCUGACCCGUCUGCUAUUGUUGAACACACUAAAAAAGUUCUAUAUCUGGAAGAUGAUGACAUUGCUCAUAUUCAUGACGGGCAGUUGAACAUUCAUCGAUUGACGAAAAACGACGGUACCUCAAACGUUCGUGCAAUUCAAACAAUCGAAUUAGAGUUGCAAGAAAUUAUGAAAGGUAAAUUCGACCAUUUCAUGCAAAAGGAAAUUUUUGAGCAGCCAGAAUCGGUUGUCAAUACUAUGCGUGGCCGUUUGGACGUUGCGAAUAAGAAGGUCACGCUUGGCGGCCUACGUCAAUACAUCUCAACUAUCCGUCGCUGCCGUCGCAUUAUCUUCAUUGCGUGUGGAACAAGUUACCACUCAUGCAUGGCUGUUCGCGGUGUAUUCGAAGAAUUGACUGAAAUCCCCAUCUCUGUAGAGCUGGCAUCCGACUUUUUGGAUAGACAGGCACCUGUUUUUCGUGAUGACACCUGUGUUUUUGUUUCUCAAUCUGGCGAAACCGCCGAUUCUUUGAUGGCAUUGAGAUACUGCCUUGAGCGUGGGGCUCUUACAGUAGGCAUUGUCAAUGUCGUCGGUUCCUCGAUCUCUUUGUUGACACAUUGUGGUGUUCACAUCAACGCUGGUCCAGAAAUUGGAGUUGCCUCUACCAAAGCUUACACAUCUCAGUUCGUUGCUAUGGUCAUGUUUGCCCUUUCUCUCAGUGAGGACCGUUUUUCUAAAAAAGAGAGACGGGAAGAAAUUAUGGAAGGUCUCUCUAAAGUGUCAAAUCAGUUCCGAGAAAUUCUGAAGAUGAAUGAACCGAUCAAAGAAAUGUGCGCGAAAUUUUUCAAAGACCAGAAGAGUCUGUUAUUGCUAGGAAGAGGGAGCCAAUUUUCGACUGCCCUAGAAGGUGCUCUUAAGAUCAAAGAAAUCUCUUAUCUCCAUUGCGAAGCAGUCAUGUCGGGAGAGCUGAAACACGGUGUAUUGGCACUAGUCGACGAAAGUCUACCUAUCAUUAUGAUUCUCACCCGCGACAAGAUUUUUGCUAAGUCUUUGAAUGCUUACCAGCAAGGUACAGUUAUCGUCAUAUCCACUUUUCCUCGCUAUAGUAACCCUAAUCGAUCGUUUGUAGUAAUUGCUCGUGGUGGCCGGCCCAUUGUGAUAUGCAACACCGAUGAAGCCGAAUUCCCGGCCUCAAAAGUAGAGAGAAUUGAAAUCCCACAAACGGUCGACUGCCUCCAAGGUCUAUUAAACGUCAUUCCCUUACAGUUAAUCGCCUACUGGCUUGCUGUUGCCGAAGGUUUAAAUGUUGAUUUCCCUCGCAACCUUGCGAAAUCUGUCACCGUCGAGUAG